UUAAAAAACCUUGGUGAAUGAAAGGGGGGAGUUUGUUAAUCUGCAAAGACUGGAAACUUGACAUACAAAUCUGACAAUAAAAUCAAUUAUUAUAUUUAUCUCCAUUUCUUGGAAACUUCACCAAGUCUCCGUCUACAACGAUGGGUUUACUUCAGCAAUUGAAAGUGAUUCAGGAAAUAUCGUCAAUGGCAUUGGAUUUGGAUUUUGGAGGUUAUAUCAUGGACACUAGCCUGGAAACUGUCUGGAACUUCUCGGAUUAUUCAGAAUCUUAAAUUCUAACAACGAAAAACAAAGAAACAAACAAUUUUGGUGAUCUAUCUGCAGAUAACAGUAAUUUUAUGCGUUAUUUUCCAAGUUUGUUUAGGACAAGCUCCUUGGACUUGAGCCGAAGCUAAUGUACAGAACUGUGCCAAGUACCCGGUAAUAUAAAAAGAGGUCCUAGUGUCCUGGUGCUCAUAUCUCGAUUUCUUAUCAUCUAUGGCAGAAUCAACUAGAAGGUAUGCAGUUGUUACAGGGGCAAACAAAGGGCUUGGAUGGGGAAUAGUAAAACUCUUGGCAUCAAAUGGAAUCAUGGUGGUGUUAACAGCCAGAGACGAAAACAGAGGUCUUGAAGCUGUUGAAAAACUCAAAGGAUUUGGCCUCUCUAAUCAUGUAGUUUUCCAUCAGCUUGAUGUUACAGACCCUGCUAGCAUUGCAUCUCUGGCAGAAUUCAUCAAAACCCGAUUUGGAAAACUUGAUAUAUUGGUGAACAAUGCAGGAGUUGGAGGAACAACUAUAGACUCCAAGUCACUAGAAACUCAGAAUGUUUCUUCUGCGACCGAGGAAGAUAUUCUGAAGGUUUGGAGUAAAGCAUUGAUUCAGAACUAUGAACUAGCAGAAGAAUGCUUGAACAUAAACUACUACGGCGCGAAAAGUACAGCUGAAGCUCUUAUCUCCCUGCUCCAGCUAUCCGACUCUCCAAGGAUUGUGAACGUUUCUUCCACCAUGGGAACAUUAAAGUUUAUACCCAAUGAAUGGGCUAAAGGAUUGCUAAGCAAUGCUGAUGAGCUUUCAGAGGAGAGAAUACAUGAGGUGUUGAGCACAUUCCUGAGAGAUUUCAAGGAGGAUUCUUUAGAAACCAAAGGAUGGCCUACUUUUCUGUCAGCCUAUACAGUCUCAAAAGCAGCCCUGAAUGCUCACACAAGGAUUCUAGCCAAGAAUUACCCCAAUUUCUCCAUCAACUGCGUGUGUCCUGGCUAUGUGAAAACAGAUAUGACUUGCAAUAGGGGCAUGUUUUCUAUUGAAGAAGGAGCUGCAUAUCCUGUGAGGUUGGCUCUGCUGCCUCAUGGCGGACCUUCUGGUCUCUUCUUGCUUCUGGAUCAACCACAUCCUUUCUGAUAUUAUUAUUUGUACUCGUUAUUAUUUUUGUAUGUUUACAAAUAAAAUACUUUUAAAUUUUAAAAAAUUUUAAAUAAAAUAUUUAAGAAAUUUUUUUUU